UAUUUAGAGGCAAGUCGAGAAUACAUUCAUCUGCGCAAGGACUUGAUAUUCCUACGCGGACCUAGAUGUGAACAUGAGGUUUUCGUCAUCUCAGAGAUCCAGUUGCUCAAGUGGCAUGCAUGUGGAACAGCUGUGGCUUUGACAGUGAUGCUGAGUGUUGACCCAUCUGCGAUAGGUUUGUGUUUUCACUGA